UCACUGGGAGUGGGUGGGCCAUUUCUUCCUCUCUUUUCCCACCCGGUUCUCAAGGUUUUCGUCCGGAGGCAUGCGAAAGCCGGCAGAAGCAGUUCAGUAAGGCAGCUGUCAAGAGCCUUCAGAACAGAGAGAGGAGAUCGGAAGCAACCAGGCCCAACGGGCUCCUCAGGCCGCUCUAGCCAAAGGAACCAUAAAGAUCAGAUUAGGGCUUCUUCACUUCCUCCUUUCUGUGCUUCCGCCUUCAGCUUCCGGUUCCGGGGAGGGGCCGAGUUUUCUUCUAAGAUAGGAGCUCUGAGAUCCAGCUAGGAUGGCUGUGGUACAGCUACUGUUGUUCGCGGGUUUGUGGAACGCUGUGGGAGCGUCCAGUCUGGCUGUCGUUACCUGCGGGUCUGUGGUGAAGCUACUCAAUACGCGCCACAACGUUCGACUGCACUCACACGACGUGCGCUAUGGGUCAGGUAGUGGCCAGCAGUCAGUGACAGGUGUAACCUCUGUGGAUGACAGCAACAGUUACUGGAGGAUACGGGGAAAGACUGCCACAGUAUGUGAGAGGGGAACCCCCAUCAAAUGUGGUCAGCCCAUCCGGCUGACACAUGUCAACACUGGGCGAAACCUCCAUAGUCACCACUUCACCUCACCUCUUUCUGGAAACCAGGAAGUGAGUGCUUUUGGUGAGGAAGGUGAAGGUGAUUAUCUGGAUGACUGGACAGUGCUCUGUAAUGGGCCCUACUGGGUGAGAGAUGGUGAGGUCCGGUUCAAACAUUCUUCUACAGAGGUGCUGCUAUCUGUCACAGGUGAACAAUAUGGUCGGCCCAUCAGUGGACAAAAAGAAGUGCAUGGGAUGGCCCAGCCAAGUCAGAACAACUAUUGGAAAGCCAUGGAAGGCAUUUUCAUGAAGCCCAGUGAAUUGUUGAAGGCAGAAGCCCACCAUGCGGAGCUAUGAGUCUGGAGGCUCUGAGCCACUGUUACCACACAGUGUUCAUAGACACAUCUGCAGCUGUUUCACCCUGGAUCCAUGCCACAAGUUCCCUGGGCAGUGGCCAUGUCACCACAGAGAUGGAGAUGAACGACAGAAAACAGUGUGUUUGAAAGCUUCUGCCCUUCACACUUGAAUUCAUUGCUCUGCUAGACUUGGUUUGGUUCUUUCUUAGUAGAGGACUUGCUGGUGAAGGGGCAGAUACUUUUUAUUCAUACUGAUAAAACAAACCGAGGGGAACAUCCCUCUUAGCUGGGAAAUUUUUACUCCUCAGGAGCUUGGCAUCAUGGAUUUUUUUUUUUUUUUUUCCUUUUUGUCUUUUUUCGUGACCGGCAACGGAUUGCAACCCUCA